AUGAUUCUAAAGCUUACUGUGUACCACGGGAAUUUUGUGGAUACCCCUUCCCUUGGGGACGUGCGGAUCAGACCUCAAACGACAAUUGGUGUUGGAACAGACGGCAAGAUCCUGUUCAUCAAGGAGAAGUCGCAGGACCCGCUAAGGGAUGCACUGGAUUUUGAUCAGACUCUCCAGCCAUCGGAGGUUGCCGUUGUUAAAAUUUCAGGCAGCCAAGACGGCUCAUUCUUCUUCCCCGGAUUUGUCGACACACACGUACAUGCGUCGCAGUAUCCCAACGCAGGGAUCUUUGGUUCAUCGACACUGCUGGACUGGCUGCAGACGUACACGUUCCCGCUCGAGGCGUCGCUCAAGGACGCAGACACAGCGCGGGCGGUGUACAACAGGGUUUUGGACCGGACCUUGGCCAACGGCACCACUACAGCCUCGUAUUACACCACUAUCGACGCCGCGUCUUCGAACUUGAUGGCGAGGAUCUGCGCCGAGAAGGGCCAGCGCGCCUUCAUUGGUAAGGUCUGUAUGGACCAGAAUUCGCCAGAUUACUAUGUUGAGUUAUUCAAAGAAUGCAAGCACUCGACGCGCCAAGUCGUUGAUUACAUCAAAAAGGAACUCAAGGACGAGAAAAUCCAGCCCGUACUGACCCCAAGGUUUGCGCCCAGCUGCUCCCGGGAGCUGAUGUCGUGGUUGGGCCAGCUGGCGCACGAAGAAGAUCUGAAUGUUCAGACUCAUCUGUCUGAAAACUUGGCGGAGCUUGAGCUAGUUGCAGAGCUGUUCCCAGAAUGUGAGAACUAUUCACAGGUUUACGACAAUCAUCAUCUACUUACAAAAAAAACCCUGUUGGCACAUUGUGUACACCUGUCAGAUAAAGAGAUAGAGCUGCUAAAACUGCGAGGCUGUGGCGUCUCGCACUGUCCGAUUUCGAACUCGUCUUUGGCCUCCGGAGAAUGCCGCGUUCGCUUGCUUUUGGAUAACGGCAUCAAUGUCGGCCUCGGUACUGAUCUGUCUGGGGGCUAUAGCUCAAGCAUCCUGGCAGUUGCAAGACAGGCAUUAUUGGUGUCGAGGCACUUGGCGAUGAAGGAAACUGAUGCAAAGAAGCAAGAGCAUGUCAACCUUUCCGUUGAGGAUGUUCUUUUUCUAGCUUCGCUGGGCGGAGCUCAGGCUUUGAGUCUAGGUAGUGUCGUUGGAAGUUUCGAGGUGAACAAGCAGUUUGACGCGCAGCUUAUUAACCUAGAUCCGGUGAGUUCCAAUGUGGACGUCUUCGAGUGGCAGCGCACCUCGUGGAAUGACUCGCCAAAGGAAGGAGAGAACCAAAAGCUCGCACGGAAUCUGCUAGCCAAGUGGCUUUUCACGGGCGAUGAUAGAAACACGGCCCGCGUAUGGGUAGCUGGCCGUCUAGUGCAUUCUUACCCUGCCUCUGCAACUUAA